AUGACGCGACUUCCUCCGGGCAAAAUGGCGGCCUCCGUCUCGAAGUGUGUGAAAAAUGAAGCUGUCGCCACUCAAGGAUACACCGCUAUUCCAGUCAAGUUUUCUGAGAAGCACCAGUCACUUCAUUAUCUCUAUGUGAAAGAACACAAAGUCAGAGAGGGCAGAGAUCCCAAGAGGCCUCAAAACCGAACUCUUUUUGUCUUAAACAUUCCUCCAUAUUGUACAGAGGAAUGUUUAUCAAGGCUGUUCUCCAACUUUUGCCCCGUACAAUCUGUGGAGAUGUGUGAAAGGCCAAAGCCAGGAGAUGAGACAGAAAUAUCCAGGACCAAGUUCUUCAAUAACAAGAUAUUCUUGGGAUUCCACGUAGCUUAUGUGGUAUUCAAAAGACCUGCUGGAGUACAAGCUGCCAAAUCCUCAUCACUACAAGGACCCCUGAUAAUAUCUUCAGACAGCCAUCCUGUGCAAACUGGCAUUCACAAAUGGAUUGCUAGAUACGCAGCCUCAGUUGUGGAUCCUGCUGAGCUGAAGACAGAAGUUGACUCUUUCAUGCAAAAUUAUGAUCAAAAGAUUGCAAAGGAAGAAGCCAAGGCUGAAAAGGAAGAAGGUAUUCCUGAUAAGGAAGGGUGGGUGAAAGUGACAAGGAAGGGCCGAAAGCCUGGUCUUCCAUGGACAGAAGCAGCCAAUUUGCGGGCCCUAGAAAGAGAGAAACGCAAGAGAGCACGGAAGGAACUGCUCAAUUUUUAUGCCUGGCAACAUCGUGAAACCAAGAGGGAACAUAUAGCCCAGCUAAGAAAGAAAUUUGAAGAGGAUAAGCAGAAAAUUGCUCUCAUGAGAGCACAGCGAAAGUUCCGUCCAUAUUAACUUGGAGAAGUUGCAGCUGUCCCCAGGGCGACAAUAGCCAGACUUAGAAAUUAGUUUUUAAUUAAGAAACCAUCCCUGAUCUCUUGGCUGGACUCAUGCCUCAGCUGCUAACUAAGAGGUAUCAACUGCAGUCAUUUGUUAAAUCUCUGUGAAGCUGGUAAUUCAGUGUCAAGAAUUUCUAUUGACAGACUGCAACUGAAUUUCGUCCUCUGACUUCCUAGCCUCAUGAAUUUAGGACUACUUUUUAUAAUGAACCAUUCUGCAGUUUAUUGCUUUAGCAUCAAUGAAGGUGAAGGGCAGUUGUCCAACCCCCCUCCCCAAACUGUAAUUACUAUAAGCCAUAAAUGUCAAGGGUUUCUUAUUUUUUAUAUUUUUUUUUAAAAAGAGAUAAAAGAAGAAACAAUUUUUUAAAAUGCUGUUAUGCCAGUAAGUGGACAAAGAAGUUGCAAAAGUUGUGCAGUUGAUACACAAUAUAUCACUGAUGAGAAAUUAAAAAACAAAAUGCAUUGUUGUUUGUAACAAUAAGGAAAAGAAUUUUAAGAAUAUUAGUGAAUCUCUGAACUGAAUGCUAAAGUGUUCACUGUUUUGUUAUUUAAAGAUAAAAAAGGAGAAAAACUAUUAAAAACAUUAUAGGUAAAUAUUUCGUUUCUAACCUCCCCUUAGUUGUUCUCUAACUGAUGUACAAUAUUUGUUUAAAAAAAGAAAUAUUUUUAUUUCCUUAGUCAUUUUUUAUUCUUAAACACCCUACAUUAAAUACUUAAAUUUAUCUUAUGACAAUAUGCAAUAUCUGUGGAAGUCAUUCUGGUUUAAAUUUGGUCAGACCUGUUUUGCUCUGCUGCUAGUAUUUCCAUUUCUGCCCAUUUAUGUUCCCAGUGUUCCCAGUUACCUUCAGUAACAUAUCUCUCUUCUAGGGUUUAUAAGAGUCUUCCAGGUAGAAGAGAGUGAUUAUACCAGGGGUCCCCAACUUCUGGGCCACAGCCCAUUCUGAACCAGGCCUCUCACAAGGAGCGGGUAAGCACACACAUGCGGGCAGCUCCAUUUGCAUGAGCAGGUGGGCACCCACACUUGGAAAGCUCCGCUUAUGGGAGCAGCAGGCAUGCUCUCUUGCUUGUGCAAAUGGAGCUGCAUGUACACAUGCUUACCAGUCACACAGAACUAUCCCCUCCCCCGCCAGUCCGUCAAACUGAAAAGGUUAGGGACUGCUGUAUUAUACAAUAGCUAAAUAAAUGAAUCUGGGUAUAUUGGGACAAUGAUCCUAUUAGUUUGGGGGGGGGGAAGAAAAGACAAACCUUAAAAGGGGGCAAAUCUGAAAAAGGUUUAUUACUUUGCUUUACAAAGAAAAAUUCAAGAACAAAACCAAGAAAAACUUUACAAAAACUUUUUGUACUUACAAAAACUGACAAAAUAAAAACAUCUAAAAUCUAUAGCACUAUAUAUAAAUUUAAGGGAAGUGGUGGCUCAGUGGCUAAGGCACUGAGCUUGUCGAUCAAAAGGUCAGCAGUUCAGUGGUUCAAAUCCCUAGUGCCACAUAACGGGGUGAGCUCCCGUUACUUGUCCCUGCUUCUGCCAACCUAGCAGUUUGAAAGCACGUAAAAAUGCAAGUAGAAAAAUAAGGACCACGUUUGGUGGGAAGGUAAGGUUGUUCCGUGCGCCUUUGGCCACAUGUCAUGCCGGCCAUAUGACCACGGAGACUUCUUCGGACAGUGCUGGCUCUUCGGCUUUGAAAUGGAGAUGAGCAUCACCCCCUAGAGUCAGGAACGACUAGCAUAUAUGUGCGAGGGGAACCUUUACCUUUAUAUAAAUUUGUUUUUAAAAUAUAAUUUCCAUAUAUUUCACAUGAAUAUCAGAAACGGCAUUAAGUGGUACCAUUUGAAUGGUUAAAAAAUGACCAAAAUAAAGGACAAAGUGAUAUUUUGAAAAAUAAAACUAAAAGAGCUUUUUGAAAUAAAGGACCAUACUUUAUAAUAAAAGACAUUACAUAAAGGACUUUUUUUUUUGUUUUAUAGCUCAAGUAUCAAAUUAAGCUAGUAUAUGAUGUAUAGUAUCUGUUUAGGCAUGGUAGUUUUGUGAACUGAGCAACUGAGGCCAGGUGAGAGCAAGUUCCAGUGCUAUAAAACAGUGCAAUUCCGUAAUCUUUGGGAGACUAUUGAGUUUUUUAUAUAAUAUAAUAUAAUAUAAUAUAAUAUAAUAUAAUAUAAUAUAAUAUAAUAUAAUAUAAUAUAAUAUAAUAUAAUAUAAUAUAAUAUAAUAACAACAGAGUUGGAAGGGACCUUGGAGGCUUUCUAGUCCAACCCCCUGCCCAGGCAGGAAACCCUACACCAUCUCAGUCAGAUGGUUAUCCAACAUUUUCUUAAAAAUUUCCAGUGUUGGAGCAUUCACAACUUCUGCAGGCAAGUCGUUCCAUUUAUUAAUUGUUCUAACUGUCAGGAAAUUUCUCCUUAGUUCUAAGUUGCUUCUUUCCUUGAUCAGUUUCCACCCAUUGCUUCUUGUUCUACCCUCAGGUGCUUUGGAGAACAGCCCGACUCCCUCUUCUUUGUGGCAACCCCUGAGAUAUUGGAACACUGCUAUCAUGUCUCCCCUAGUCCUUCUUUUUAUUAAACUAGACAUACCCAGUUCCUGCAACCGUUCUUCAUAUGUUUUAGUCUCCAGUCCCCUAAUCAUCUUUGUUGCUCUUCUCUGCACUCUUUCUAGAGUCUCAACAUCUUUUUUACAUCGUGGCGACCAAAACUGGAUGCAAUAUUCCAAGUGUGGCCUUACCAAGGCAUUAUAAAGUGGCACUAACACUUCACGUGAUCUUGAUUCUAUCCCUCUGUUUAUGCAGCCCAGAACUGUGUUGGCUUUUUUAGCAGCUGCUGCACACUGCUGGCUCAUAUCUAAAUGGUUAUCCACUAGGACUCCAAGAUCCCUCUCACAGGUACUACUAUUGAGCAAGGUACCACAUAUACGGUACCUGUGCAUUUUGUUUUUUUUGCCUAAAUGUAGAACCUUACUUUUUUCACUGUUGAAUUUCAUUUUGUUAGAUAGCGCCCAAUGUUCAAGUCUGUCAAGAUCUUUCUGUAACUUGAGCCUAUCUUCUGGAGUGUUGGCUAUUCCUGCCAGCUUGGUGUCAUCUGCAAAUUUGAUGAGUUCCCCAUCUAUCCCCUCGUCUAAGUCGUUGAUGAAGAUGUUGAAGAGUACUGGGCCUAAAACAGAGCCUUGGGGUACUCCACUGCAUACUUCCCUCCAUGUGGAUGUAGUUCCGUUGAGGAUUACACAUUGAGUGCGGUUGGUCAGCCAGUUACGAAUCCAUCUGGUGGUGGUGCUGUCUAACCCACAUUUUUCUACUUUAUCUAGUAUAUUUAUAGUUGAUCAAAGAGGUCUGAAGAAACAACUUUCUAUCCUUUAGGCCAAUGCAUUCAAAAUUCAUAGCAUUUGACAUUAGUCACAGUUAGAAAGGGAAUCAGCACAUUUACAACACUGAAUUUACAUUGCUCUUAGUAACAGGAAAGAGGUUUCUCCUUCUAUGCUAAGUUUUGUAGCAGGAUGUUUGAGGUUUUGAAAUUGGAGCCUUCAAUGGCGAAUCGCAGUAACAUUCUGCAAAAUGUUAUUGUGUUCAUUUAUUAAUAAAUAAUUGGUGAAAACACAAAACAAAAUGCGGUAGAUACAAUACACUUUAGAAAAUCACAACAAAAAAAGAUCAUUUGUCUGCCCAGGUCAUGCGAUUCUGAGAUAUAGAGGUGUGCACAAACUAAUAGUCUGACAUAUACUACAACUAUAAUAUCUAAAAUACCCUACAUGGGUUUUAUGGACAUAUAUCAUCACUACAUCUGUACUAUUAAUGGCAUCACGCAUGUAGAAACUGUAUUUGUUACACUGAAAUUAGUAUUGAUGCUCAUGAUUUAUUUGUAGUAUCUUGCCUUCCUGAAACAUAAACAAUAUGUUUCAAUAAAGCAGGACAUUUCUAA